CCAACCUAGCAGUUCGAAAACAUGCAAAUGUGAGUAGAUCAAUAGGUACCGCUCCGGCGGGAAGGUAACGGCGCUCCAUGCAAUCAUGCCAGUGGCCACAUGACCUUGGAGGUGUUUACGGACAACGCCAGUUCUUUGGCUUAGAAAUGGAGAUGAGCCCCAACUCCCAGAGUCGGACAUGACUGGAAUUAACGUCAGGGGAAAACCUUUACCUUUACCUAACCUACAUUUAUUAUUUUACUCUAUUAUUGUUGUUACUUUUAUAUUUAUUUUAUCCUAUUUUUAUUAUUAUUAAUACAUUUAUUAUUUUACUCUCAGAAAGAGAAAGAGUGCAACUGGUCCCUCUUCUGGAGGCUGUUGUGUGGGUGGAGCUAAUAAAGUGGUUUUUUUGUUCACUGCCAUAUUGCAGGAAAAAAUUUCAAUGCUCUAUUAUAAUUGAUUUUUUUUUAAAAAAAAUAACUGACUGCUUUCCUCCUCUUUUUUCUCCCUCUCAUUCUUAUUCUCUUCUCUUCUUCCAGGCCUGAGCCUUCUAUGAUGUACACUCCAGACUGAACUUGAAACCGGGGCAGCUUAGGAAGGGAAGAAGGCCGGCUGCUCCGGGCAUCAAGAGAGAUAUAUGGUCCUUGGAGGAAUAUUGGAGCCUGUGAACAUUUGGGAACCGGUCAGAGACUUUGCUUGACUUGACCUGCUCUUGGGUGGAGGAAGAUGCUGUAGAAGAGCGGCCCUGUGCUCCUGGGGAGGGGGAACAGGGGAGGUGGAAGGACCUUUCUGCCUUGAGACCCACGGACAUUGGGACUUUUCUGCUUGAGAGAGCCCCCUCCCCAUGUCCAGCGGUCCCUGUGGGUUCCUCAUCGUUUGAGAAACAGACCAGAUUGUAACCUCUUCUCCAUCUUCCCUCUCCACGGCGCUACUCUUUUGUCUCAUGUGGAUUUGAAAGCAUCUCGAGGACGGGAGGCCUCCUUGACCUCCAGGCGAAGCCAUGGCGAAGCCGGUGCGUUUGCUGGUGCCCUUGGCGCUGCUGGUGGCCUCGAUGCUGAGCCCAGGCGCAGGCGGAGCGGCCUUGGAGUUCAGCGGCACGACAGGGCAGUGGGCACGCUAUGCGCGGUGGGACGCCAGCUCCUUGGGGGAGCUGAGCUUCAGCCUCAAGACCAACGUCUCCCGGGCGCUGGUGCUCUACCUGGACGACGGCGGGAACUGCGACUUCUUGGAGUUGCUGAUCCUGGAGGGGCGCUUCCGCCUGCGCUUCACCAUCUCCUGCGCAGAGCCGGCCAGCCUGCACCUGGAGACGCCCGUCAACGACGACCGCUGGCACAUGCUGCUCUUGACGCGCAACUACCGAGAGACCAUGCUGGUGGUGGACGGCGAGGCCCGGGUCGCCGAGGUGAAGUCCAAGCGGCGCGACAUGACGGUGGAAAGCGACCUCUUCGUGGGCGGCAUCCCGCCCGACGUCCGCCUCUCGGCCCUCACGCUCAGCACCGUCAAGUACGAGAUGCCUUUCCGCGGCAUCGUGGCCAAUCUGAAAGUGGGAGACAUGCCGCCAGCGCUCUUGGGCAGCCAGGGCAUCCGCAGCGACAUGGAGUACCUGUGCACCAAACAAAAUCCUUGUGUCAAUGGUGGGAUCUGCACCGUCAUCAACAGCGAGGUGCAAUGUGAUUGCAGCCUUACCGGCUUCCAGGGGAAGUUUUGCAGUGAAGGUAAGACACUCUGAUUCUGGGAUUUAUUU